AUGGACUCACUGCUGGCACUGACUUCGUUACACAUAGCCAGUGGCACCGCCAGUAGCAAUGAUAACGAUGUGAAUAAUCAUCACGGUUCACUAAACCUGGCUCUUGUCUCAGAGUACAUCGAUGACGCACUUCAUUAUCAAAAUAGCGCCGUUCCUGCUUUCAGUAGCGCACUGGAGAAUAUCUCCCCUUUGAAUUGCGAUGCGCUUUUCGCAUGCUCGGUGAUCAUGAUGGCUUGCGCUUUUGCUGCUCCCUUGAUUGGAAGCAGUCGUGGAAACACGAGAGAAAGCUUAACUUCUCCAUUUCAUUUCGUCAAGGGCAUACAUUCCGUGAUUGAUAAGGCCCGGCCGUGGAUGGCGAACGGUCCUUUUCGAUUUGCAAUUAUAACCCAUUCUGACGAUGACUGGGAGUCGUCCCAGCAAGAUAACGAGGUCUUUCAUAGACUGCGAAAACUCUGUUUCCACGGGGAUCCGGCUAUAAGGAACAUUCUGUUCCAUUCUAUUACACUCUUAAGAAACUGCUUUGCGAAAGACGAAACGAUGGCGAUUCCGUGGAUCGUGGUUGUUGGGGAGGAUUUCGCGGAUCUCGUACAGCAAGAAGUGCCCAUGGCCUUAUUGGUAUACAUGUACUGGGGUGUCUUGCUUAGUCGCUUGAAGGAGGUAUGGUGGGCAACUUUAUCAGGGAGAGGAAUUGUGAAUGAUUUGGCAAAGGAGCUCGCAGGGAUCGAUGGCUGGACCGAAGCUAUACAAUGGGCAACUGAGGAGGUAGGCACAAAUAAAGAGAAUUGA